GCGGUAUACAGCUUUCAGCGCUCCCUAGUGUAGAAAACACCAUCCAUAUGAGCUUCAAUUAGCGAGCUGUAAACGCAACCAAGCAGCUCCAAAAAUGCCCGACAGUAAUCAUCAUCCCCAUAGACGUAAACAACUUUUACCAGUAAUGUGCACUUCUUUGUAAAAAUUCUUCAGAGAUAAACUAAAUUAAAACAGACUAUCUUACUUAAACCGAAGACGACUUUUGUUAACCUUAUUUAUGUAAAGAAAAGCUUUAUAAAAUUGUUUUUUCGUUGUGCAUUACUUAAUGUACUAUUUUAAUUUCGAAGAUAUAUUCGUACUGGGGUAUGAGAUGCAAUAAAACUCUCUUACAUAUACUGAAAUAUAUAAACUUGCGUAUCAAAAAUCUACCAAUAUAAAGUGGAUUGCAUUUAUAGAAAUGGAAAAAGCGUUUUAAAAAGUGUAUUUUCAUGUGUUAUCUUUAUACUGAAAAUAAUUGAAAAAAAUAUUUUCUUCUUGCUAACAGUAAACAGAAUUCGUGUUAAAAAGAAUUUUAAAAUAUUUGUAUUUCCAGCACGAUUUAUAUUAUUAAUAAACUAUUCAUGCAGUGUGUGUUAAAUGCUUCCUGGCAGAAAGAAAUAUUAUUAUUAAAGGCAUUAUCAUUCUGUGUCGACAGUAACAUUCUAAGUUGUGACAAUACCAGCAAAUAGUAUCUAUGCACUGUGUGUCAUAGUGGUAGUGAUGUUCUAGAACAAAAAUAUUUGCUUACUUAGAAAUUUAAUGUUUGUAGUUUAUGUGCUAAUAAGUGGUCCAUGCUCCAUGUGUAGUUAAUAAGUAAAUACUCAGUACUCUGAUAGUGUAUGUUAAAUAAUUUUUUAAAGCAUAAUAUUCCUUAUAUUAGGUAGAAACUUAUUACUUGCAGUAAAUGUAAUCAGAAUUCUUCACCCAACUAUUCACAUUUUUCUGCUCCCAGUUGAGAAACCUUGUUCAUGGAGUAUGGGAGAAAAAAAAUUUUCUCAGAAAAAUAAACUUAUUGAACAUAGAGUUAUUCAUCCUAUAAGAAAAUCUUAUUCUUGUAGUGUAUGUAAUAAAAGUUUUGCAUUUAAAGAUUAUUUGACUGCACACAGGCAUGUUCAUACUGGUGAGAGGCCUUAUUCUUGUAGUAUAUGUAAUAAAAGUUUUCGAUUUAGGAGGUGUUUGACUGAACACAGUCGUGUUCAUAGUGGUGAGAGGCCUUAUUCUUGUAGUAUAUGUAAUAAAAGAUUCUCAAGAAAAAAAUUACUGACUGCACACAGUCAUGUCCAUACAGGUGAGAAACCUUUUUCUUGUAGUAUAUGUAAUAAAAGUUUUCCACUAAGAAACUAUCUGACGAAACACUCUAAAGUUCAUACUGGUGAGAGACCUUUUUCUUGUAGAAUAUGUGAUAUGAGUUUCUUACGAAAAAGUACACUGACUAAACACAGUCGUGUUCAUAGAGGUGAGAAACCUUUUUCAUGUAGUAUAUGUAAUAAGAAUUUUUCAGAAAAUGGUGCACUGACUGUACACAGACGUGUUCAUACUGGUGAGAAACCUUAUUCUUGUAGUGUAUGUAAUAAGAGGUUUUCAUAUAGUUGUACACUGGCUAUACACACACGUGCUCAUAAUGGGGAGAAACCUUAUUCUUGUGGUAUAUGUAAUAAGAGUUUCUCAAAAAGAUAUGCACUGACUGUACACAGUCGUGUUCAUACUGGUGAGAAGCCUUACUCUUGUGAUAUAUGUAAUAAGAGUUUCUCACAAAAAGGUAAUCUGACAGUACACAGUCUUGUUCAUACUGGUGAGAAGCCUUAUUCUUGUAGUAUAUGUAAUAAGAGUUUUUCAGAAAGAGGUGCACUGAGUAAACACACACAUGCUCAUAAUGGGAAACCUUAUUCUUGUGGUAUAUGUAAUAAAAGAUUUUCAUUUAGAAGUAAUUUGACUCUACAUAGUCGUCUUCAUACUGGUGAGAAACCUUUUUCUUGUAGUAUAUGUAACAAAAAAUUUUCAGUAAGAAAUUAUCUGAGGAAACACAGUCGUGUUCAUACUGGUGAAAGACCUUAUUCUUGUGGUAUAUGUAAUAAGAAAUUCUCACAAAAUCGUUCACUGUCUAAACACAUUCUUGUUCACGCUGUUUAGAAGUAUGUAUCACAUUUUCUUGUAUUUGUAAAACUAAUUUUUUACUUAUGGACUAUCCAGGUAAUCACAGUUAUAUUUAUACCUGUAAAAAAGCAUGUGUAAAAAGAAUUCUUCUCAAAAGACUGACUUGGCUCUUUUUGUUUGUAUUCACAUUGGUGAGGAAACCUUCUUGUUGUAGCAUAAUGUAAUAUGAGUUUUUUAUCUCAAAAAUGUCCUUAUACUAAACAUAAUCUUUUUCAAAAAAGUGAUAUACCAUGUUUUAGAAGUAUAUUUUAAAUGAGUUUUCAAUGAUCUAAAUGUUUACAUGCUCACUCUGUUUAGAAGCUAUAUUCUUGUAUCUGUAAAAAUAGUAUGUUGCAUAAGGACUAUCCUGGUAAUCACAGUUGUAUUCAUACCUGUAAAAACUUCACUUUUGUAGCAUAUGUAAAAAGAGUUCUUCUUAAAAGGCUGACUUCUGUUUCUGGUUGUAUUCACAUUGGUGAGGAAACCUUCUUGUUGUAGCAUAAUGUAAUAUGAGUUUUUUAUCUCAAAAAUGUCCUUAUACUAAACAUAAUCUUUUUCAAAAAAGUGAUAUACCGUGUUUUAGAAGUAUAUUUUAAAUGAGUUUUCAAUGAUCUAAAUGUUUACAUGCUCACUCUGUUUAGAAGCUAUAUUCUUGUAUCUGUAAAAAUAGUAUGUUGCAUAAGGACUAUCCUGGUAAUCACAGUUGUAUUCAUACCUGUAAAAACUUCACUUUUGUAGCAUAUGUAAAAAGAGUUCUUCUUAAAAGGCUGACUUCUGUUUCUGGUUGUAUUCACAUUGGUGAGGAAACCUUCUUGUUGUAGCAUAAUGUAAUAUGAGUUUUUUAUCUCAAAAAUGUCCUUAUACUAAACAUAAUCUUUUUCAAAAAAGUGAUAUACCGUGUUUUAGAAGUAUAUUUUAAAUGAGUUUUCAAUGAUCUAAAUGUUUACAUGCUCACUCUGUUUAGAAGCUAUAUUCUUGUAUCUGUAAAAAUAGUAUGUUGCAUAAGGACUAUCCUGGUAAUCACAGUUGUAUUCAUACCUGUAAAAACUUCACUUUUGUAGCAUAUGUAAAAAGAGUUCUUCUUAAAAGGCUGACUUCUGUUUCUGGUUGUAUUCACAUUGGUGAGGAAACCUUCUUGUUGUAGCAUAAUGUAAUAUGAGUUUUUUAUCUCAAAAAUGUCCUUAUACUAAACAUAAUCUUUUUCAAAAAAGUGAUAUACCGUGUUUUAGAAGUAUAUUUUAAAUGAGUUUUCAAUGAUCUAAAUGUUUACAUGCUCACUCUGUUUAGAAGCUAUAUUCUUGUAUCUGUAAAAAUAGUAUGUUGCAUAAGGACUAUCCUGGUAAUCACAGUUGUAUUCAUACCUGUAAAAACUUCACUUUUGUAGCAUAUGUAAAAAGAGUUCUUCUUAAAAGGCUGACUUCUGUUUCUGGUUGUAUUCACAUUGGUGAGGAAACCUUCUUGUUGUAGCAUAAUGUAAUAUGAGUUUUUUAUCUCAAAAAUGUCCUUAUACUAAACAUAAUCUUUUUCAAAAAAGUGAUAUACCGUGUUUUAGAAGUAUAUUUUAAAUGAGUUUUCAAUGAUCUAAAUGUUUACAUGCUCACUCUGUUUAGAAGCUAUAUUCUUGUAUCUGUAAAAAUAGUAUGUUGCAUAAGGACUAUCCUGGUAAUCACAGUUGUAUUCAUACCUGUAAAAACUUCACUUUUGUAGCAUAUGUAAAAAGAGUUCUUCUUAAAAGGCUGACUUCUGUUUCUGGUUGUAUUCACAUUGGUGAGGAAACCUUCUUGUUGUAGCAUAAUGUAAUAUGAGUUUUUUAUCUCAAAAAUGUCCUUAUACUAAACAUAAUCUUUUUCAAAAAAGUGAUAUACCGUGUUUUAGAAGUAUAUUUUAAAUGAGUUUUCAAUGAUCUAAAUGUUUACAUGCUCACUCUGUUUAGAAGCUAUAUUCUUGUAUCUGUAAAAAUAGUAUGUUGCAUAAGGACUAUCCUGGUAAUCACAGUUGUAUUCAUACCUGUAAAAACUUCACUUUUGUAGCAUAUGUAAAAAGAGUUCUUCUUAAAAGGCUGACUUCUGUUUCUGGUUGUAUUCACAUUGGUGAGGAAACCUUCUUGUUGUAGCAUAAUGUAAUAUGAGUUUUUUAUCUCAAAAAUGUCCUUAUACUAAACAUAAUCUUUUUCAAAAAAGUGAUAUACCGUGUUUUAGAAGUAUAUUUUAAAUGAGUUUUCAAUGAUCUAAAUGUUUACAUGCUCACUCUGUUUAGAAGCUAUA